AUGAAAAGAUCAAAGCAAUCAAAAUCAAAUUUUUAUCGCCAAAAAUAUCGCCCAACGCAAAAACCCUCCCAAAAUCGGAGCGAGCCCCCAACAAUUUCCCGUCAAAUUCAAUCAAAUCAAAGACUGAAUCCUUCAACCGUCGACGAAUCCAUUGAUGCGAAAGCUUCCAACUUGAAUCCUCAGGUAAACCCUAGGCCAGACGAAGCACCGAAUUCUUGUAGGGAUCCCACUGAUGAAGCUAUUAGGAGACUGGAGCAGCUAAGGAUCAGCAGCCAGAAGGCUGAUGAGAUUUCGCAAGAACAAUUACAGAUCAACGAUCAGCUUCAAGAAGAUGAGUUGCUGGCAUUGGAAGCAAUAUAUGGAGAUGAUGUCUUCAGCUUGGAGAAAACGGAAGGCUCACGAUCCUUGCAGAUUCAUGUACAUCUUGAAAUCCCCGCUGAUUUCACAGUCUCGGCAGAGCUUCCUCCAUCUACAAGACAGUUAGAACUAGGAAAAAGAGACGAUGUUGGUGAUGUUUCAUAUACGUUCAAUGUUCAAUAUCUGCCUCCAAUUAUAUUGACAUGUUUAUUGCCUUCUUCAUACCCUAGUCAGCAUCCUCCACAUUUCACAGUGUAUGUACAAUGGCUGGAUUCCAUUAAGAUUUCGAGUCUUUGUCGGAUGUUGGAUGAGAUUUGGGCUGAGCAACCGUUGCAGGAGGUUUUAUAUCGGUGGGUAGAGUGGCUGCGUAGCUGUUCUCUUUCAUUCCUUGGGUUUGAUAAUGGAGUUAGGUUGGGUCAAGGUAAUUUGUUGGGCAACAAAGACACUCGAGCAAUCUCGAAAAGUGUCUCUCUCGAGGUUGACGUUCCUGCAAUGGUUAGGUACAAUGAUGAGAGGUGUCAUGAAGCUUUUCUCACUGAUCUGCAUCUAUGUGUUAUAUGUUAUAGUGAAUAUGCAGGUACGGAUUUUGUCAAACUUCCAUGCCAACACUUAUUUUGCUUUAAAUGCAUGGAAACCUAUUCCAAUAUUCAUGUGAAAGAAGGCACAGUAACUAAGUUGUUGUGUCCUGAUGCAAAAUGUGGAGGGCUACUUCCACCUGGUUUACUGAGAAGGCUGCUUGGAAGUGAAUCCUACGAACGAUGGGAAUCGCUAAUGCUGCAGAGAACGCUAGACUCAAUGUCUGAUGUAGUCUACUGUCCAAGAUGUGAAACUCCAUGCUUGGAAGAUGAUCAUCAUGAUGCUCAGUGUUCAAAGUGUUUCUUCACUUUCUGCUCCCUUUGCAGGGAUCGUCGACAUAUAGGGGAAGGGUGUCUGACACCGGAAACAAAACUUCUGAUUUUACAGGAGCGCCAGAAAUCUGUUGACCUCAAAGGAGAUCAAAGGCGCAGGGAGCUCGAAAUUAUUAAUAAUCUACUUAGUGAAAAGGAAGUACUUCGAAAUUCUAAGCAAUGCCCAUCUUGCAAUAUGGCAAUAUCACGAACAGAGGGCUGCAAUAAGAUGCAGUGCGGGUACUGUUCGCAGUUUUUCUGCUAUAUUUGUGGUAAAGCGAUUAGUGGAUAUGACCAUUUCAGGGAAGGCUGCAAACUGUUCUCUCAAGAAAUGAUUGUUGAAUGGGAGAUCAGAGUGAACCAGCGCCAGGUGAUAGGGCAGAUGCAAGCAGAGUUGGAUCCUGCACAUGGUCACCCAUGUCCAAAUUGUCGGCAGUUGAAUGCAAAGGUUGGUAAUAACAAUCACAUCUACUGUUGGGCUUGCCAAAUGCACUACUGCGCUCUGUGUCGCAAAGUCGUCAGGCGCAGCUCUCAACAUUACGGGCCAAAAGGAUGCAAGCAGCACACUGCAGUCCCCUAAAACCCUAAUCUGGCAUGUCUACUAGUUAGAAAGACUCGAGUUCUUUGAGCAAGAAAAAGAAGCAAAGAAAGAAAAAAAACUACUGCAUACUAGAGCUUGCAGCUUGUUUGCUGUCAAUUACAGAGAUGUAUUACAUGCACUACGUUAAAUAAAAAUUUUUCCAUUCUAUCAUUUUUUUUUUUUUGGUUAGAGUUUGAAGUACAUUAUUCAAGGUGUACAGAGAUCUGUAUCUUAAAGCAGCGUCAUGUUGAAUAAUUAGUCUUGACUUGCAUUAAUAAGAGUAGUUCGAUCGUUAUGUAAAA